UGUUGUAUUACACAUGUGCAAGUGCCCUUGUGUGAGCACUGCAAUUAAUCAGGUGUUUCACAUAAAGGUUUCUGUCAUUAUUUGCACAUCAUGUUCAAAAUCUAUUCUUAAAUAAAAUUUCUUUCAAGUUGCUAAAACAGCUGAAACAGAAGCCAGUUUUGACACAAAAAGUGUGAUUACCAUCCCAAGAUGCAAAUAUCAAAGAUGAUGGAUCCACAGCUCAAACACCACUUACUUUUGUAUUAGCUGAAAUGUGAUCUUAGACAGAGCUUGGGAUCAGAUUUCCUGCUCUGCUGUCAGUGCCUUGCUGAAUAAUUCUAGAAAAUACAGCACUUCACUUCCACACUUAUCAACAGGAAGGAAAACGCACCAAGCAGGACCCCCCGGCUACGCUCUUGCAUGCAUAUUUGAAAGCUUCAAAGUGGAUUUAGAUGCUUGGACUUCAGUAACAUCAGAUAAGGGGACUUUAUUUUCUAUUUUUAAACAGUGAGGACUUCAGCUGGCUAUUGUUUCAAACAGGCGCUCACAAGCAGUUUGGAUGGUUAAGAUGAUGUAGAAUAGGUAAUACAGCACCUUAAGGGUGGUGUUAAACUUUGAUGAGCAUCUGCCUGGAAUUCUAACAAGCUUAAGAGAGACCGUGGAUUAUGUGAGGACCGCAGUCAACAAGUCUUUCAUGUGUGCGGAGGACCUAAUGGCACCCGAGUAAAGAAUGGUGAGUAAUCUGAGGUUUUGACAGAAAAGUAACACCAGGGAUCAAAUGUCUAACGGUAAUUUGUGUCAGAUGCAUCUAAUGUCAUUUUUCCUCCCUCGCAGUGAGUCAUGCCUUGGUGUCGAUGUGAGAUACUACUGGUUCUCUGUGUCUGCCCUCUAGCGUCCCUUGCAGUAUCUCAGUGUCCCCCUGCCUGCUGCUGUCCUGGAUCAGGGUUUUUAGUUCUAUGUGAGUCACUGGGUCUCCGGUCACUUCCUCGCUCAGUCCCACUGAGCACUUCAGCUCUGUCUAUAGCCAAAAACCAGUUUUGUAAUGUGGACCAUGUGCUCUGGCCCUUCUCUGGGCUGCAGGAGCUCAGCCUCAGUCAUAAUCUGCUGGGCCGCUUCCCUCGAGGCCUCCCUUCCAGCCUAGAGUCCCUGCUGCUGCAAGAGAAUCGCAUCACAUACAUCACUUCAGGUUCCCUGAGGCAACUGGGGAAUCUCACUCGUCUGGAUCUGGAGGACAACCGUAUUCGUAACAUCCAGCCCGGGGCACUUCAGAGUCUAAAGAACCUACAGGUCUUGACAUUGAAAGGCAACAAACUAACAAGUCUACCCCGGAAUCUUCCUCCUUCCCUGACCCACUUAGACGUCUCUGCUAACUGCAUCUCAGUCCUAGACCUGCCCUCAUUAUCUGCACUGGUCAACCUGCAGGUCCUGAAGAUCAACAGCAACUGCCUACAUUCAGUUCCAGACAGGGCCUUUGACAGCCUGCCACGUCUCCGCACUGUGGACCUCGCAAACAACCUGUGGGUGUGUGAGUGUGACAUUUUGUACCUUUACCGCUGGCUGCUAAGUGGCAGACUUAGGAUGGCCACAGACCUGGUGUGCACCGCACCAGUUCAUCUAGCCCAGCGUCUGCUUCUAAACCUCUCUGUCAUUGCAAUCUGUCCUCAUGUUCUGAAGCCACUUGAGAAGUUUCAAAAACUUCAUGUCUCUUCUGCACCCCAGCUCCGUUUGGAACCCAUCACAGUCAAGCCCACAACAGUCAGUUUCCAAAACUCUUUAAAAAACAUGAGGGAUUUUAGAAGUCUGACUCUUUUGUCACAACAUAUAUCUACAGAUAAGGGAACCACCGGUGGAUCACUUUUUGAUGUUCAAGAUGGUCACCAUAAAAUUCAUCAGACUCGUAUGCUACUUGACUACUACUCUUUAGAAACUCUAAGCUAUGAGGAGUGUUUGUCGCUAAAUAAAACACAACCAGCAGUUCCGCCACAUUUAACAACCUCAACUUCUGUCACUAAUGAAGAAUCAAAGUGUCAAAACAACAUCACAGGACAGUACCCUCAGACCAACACCACCUCUGCUGAAGGGACAAAGCCACUACUUUCCACCAACAGAGACGCACCUUUGCCCACUGUGAACCCCAGGAUGUUCCCUCAGGACUCUGCUUUAGUCGUAGCUCUGUUGGCUGUUUUAUGUGUUUUGGUAGCUCUCCUAAUGCUAGCAGUGCUGACUGUCCUGAAGAAAAUACUUCUGCACCAACAAAGAGUGGCACCUCUUCAACAAUCAUGAAGAAAAAACUAAGACUCUGAUACAGGAUCCAGUGGAUGACACUAGCACAACCAAUUAAAAAGCUUGUUUUUAACCAAUUUACACAAUUAAAAAUAAAAGUGCCAAACAUACUGAAAAAGACAACUUUAAUCCUUGAUUUAUAAAGUAUGUGUCCACUUUACUGCUAUGUUCAGGGAAAAUGCAUUA